UCGGGGCGUCGGGGCGCGCCGCCGGGUGGCCUGGGCCCCCGCCCCGAUGAGGCGGCAGCCACAGAACGGCGACCUCAGCAAGCUCCACGGACGCCCAGCCCGGAUCGCCGCGCUCAGGGACAAACAAGCUCUGGGAACCAUCACAGCCGUGCCUGGUGCAGGCCCUCAGGUCAGUUCCCUGCAAAAGUUGGCGGGGCACGGAGCGGCUGUGCUACCUCAGGUCAGGCCAAAGACCCUCAUCCCUGACAGCCUCCCCAUCACCCCGGGCCGGGAGCGGCCCCCACGGCAGCCCCCGACGUUCCAGAAGGCCUCGGUGGUCAGCGUCAAGAACCCCGGCCCCGCUCUCCCCACCGCCAACAACACCGUGACCCACGGGGCGGCACCCAGCGGGCAGCCCCAGGCCCUCUCCGAGCCCGCGGCCGUCGCCUGUCCCCUGAGUGGUGCGGGGGUGGCCUAUGCCAUCAUCUCCAGCGCCCCCAGCAAUGCUGCCGCAGGGGCCCCCAACUCCGCCUCCACCGUGGCCGUGCUCCGAGAUGGCAUCAAAGUCCAGCCCCUGCUCAUCAGUGCCGACAACAAGGUCAUCCUCCUCCAGCCUCAAGUGCAGCCCGAGGGCUCGGCCCAGCCACGGCCGCCCCCCGAGGAACCAGCUCAGGGAGCCCAGGAUGACCAGCCUGUGAGCCAGGAGACCCCCGAGAAACUCGCCUUCAUGGUGGCGCUGGGCCUGGUCACGACAGAACAUCUGGAAGAAAUCCAGAACAAGCGACAGGAGCGGAAGAGGAGAAGCACAGCUAACCCCGCAUACAGCGGCCUCCCCGAGACUGAGGUGGGACCCCGCUCCAAGAGGUCAAGGGGCUGCGGAUAUGGGGCUGCCCCCCAGGGCCGAGGGUCCCCACUGUUCUGCACCACAGGGCCUGGGUUUAAGGAGGAUUCGGGACCUGCGGAAGCGACUGGCUUCGGGUUACCUCAGCACAACGCUGCCCCUCACAGCCAGAGCCCCAGUUCUGACUGGCUCUUCUGUGGGCCCAAUAAUGUGUCUCCACCCUUCCUCCCUGUGCUAGCCAAUGAGGAUCCCUGCUGGAAGCAGCACGGGGCCCUCUUGCCCCGUCCAGGGAUUGCUCUCUACGUCAUACUUGGUGACGUGCUCUCUGUGAAGGGCUCCCUGGCCCUCGGGCUGCACCCCAUGGGGGCAGAGAACGAGAUCAGCCAUGACGAGCACUGUGCCGUGUGCAAGCGUGGAGCCGACCUUCAGCCCUGCGGCACCUGCUCUGGGUCCUACCACCUCAGCUGCCUAGAGCCUCCCAUCAAGGCGACACCCAAGGGUGUGUGGAUGUGUCCUCGGUGCCAGCAGAAGGCCUUGAGGGACGAGGAUGUGCCCUGGAGCGGGAUGCUGGCCGUGGUGCAUUCUUAUGUCACUCACAAGACAGUCAAAGAAGAGGAGAAGCAGAAACUGCUGCAGAGAGGCAGCGAGCUUCAGAGUGAGCACCGGCAGAUGGAGGCCCGGGACCGGCGCCUGGCCUCAGCCGUGAAGGUGCACGGGGUUGGAGGGGCACAGGGCCCUGAGCUUAGAAACAGUCAGAGUGGCGGUGCUGGUUUCUGGGGCCCCGGGAUCCUCGGGACGUCAGCGGACAACGCAGUGGUUUUGCUGGUUCCGAUCUAG